UCGGGGGGGGAGUAGACACGCCGUGUGUGUCUUCCACUGGGGGCAACCUGGAAACGUCGGCCGCCCAGUGAGACUCCUGGAUGCCUCCCAGGAAGGACCCCCCCCGCCUCUGAAACCUGGAGUGUCGAUGGGUGUUUUGGACUACAAACCCCAGAAUCCCUUCCCAUCGCUCGUGCAGGUUGUGCCCUUUGAGGAGUGUAGUCCAAAGCAGAGUCUGGAAGAAAGCAGAGGAGAGGGUCAUUCUGCAAAGCCAGUGAUGCCGCCCUGGAUUCUCUUCCGCCUGAGGUGGCUGGGCAUACUUCUGUGACCUGGAGGGGGGGGGAGCGGAGGAGAAGCGGCCUCUUGCGAACACGCGCACGCACACGCAGACACACAUCCUUCCUUGACCCCAAAGGAGCACUUCUGCCGCCUGGGGCUACGGUCAGGGGCUGUUAGCUCUCUGGCUUCUUAGACAUCCUUGUCUUCGUUUUUUAAAAAAAACGGUUGCUGCUUUAAGAUCGGCCGUUAUAUUAUGUCUUAUUAUUAGAUUCACCAGGAUUUGUGGCUCCGGACUGUGGUUUAAGCGCAAACCUGGGUUCAAGGUCCCCAGUGACUUAUGAAACUCAUCAGGGGACCAAAGCGUGAAGCCCAUGCUGGAGAAGGCCUGCCCCAUGCCCGCCCUGGACAAGCUGGAGGCCCUGCCCAAGGAGAAGAGCGCCGAGGCCCCCAACGGCAGCCUGCGCCUGAGUGAAGCCACCAAGAACAAGCCUCUGAAGAAGUGCCCCCAGGAGGUUACGGCUCCCAAUAAAUAUAAUUUGCAAUAUCACAAGUUGUUCAAGGACAUUCCCACAGAGGAGAGCGUGCUGAAAGUCUGCUCCUGCGCCCUUCAGAGGGACAUCCUGAUCCAAGGCCGCCUGUACAUUUCCCCCAACUGGCUCUGUUUCUACGCAAACCUUUUCGGGAAGGAUAUCAAGGUGGUCAUUCCGGUCGUCUCUGUCCAGCUGAUAAAGAAGCACAAAACCGCCAGGCUGUUGCCCAACGGGCUGGCCAUCACCACCAACGCCAGCCGGAAGUACAUCUUCGUCUCCCUGAUCUCCAGAGACAGCGUCUAUGACGUCCUGCGCCGGGUCUGCACCCACCUGCAGGUUUCCAGCAAAAAGAGCCUGAGCUUGAGGGAGCUGACCGAGGAGCCGGGUGCCGUGUCGCUGGUAAGGCCGGGCUUCUGCACAGAAGCUGCCCCGCCCCGGACCGUCGGUGGCUCCCCUUUGCCUGUGGGUGGGGGGUGUUGGCGAGGCGCCCCCAAGCCCCCCCCCAAGCACUGGGGCAGGCCUCUUGUUGCCAAAGCCACGCUCCAUCAGCACCACGGCUCGUGACGGGUCAGAGGCACCCGGGACGGUGUCCUCCGGGGAGGGCCGGAGACCAAUUUUGGGGUCCAGAGGAAGAGCCCCGGUUGGGGAGGGGCCGUGGUGGGUGAAUGGCCACAGAGAGCCAGGCUGUUCCCGGAGCCAUGCUAGAAAGCGGCCUCCCUCCCUGCCCUCCUCCCUGCCUCUGUUUUGUCCUCUUGCCUCAGGACUGCCCACCUUGGAAGCCCGCAAGGGGGGGGGCUCUUGGCUUGAGAAGAUGCUCCAGAA